CCCAACACCUUCCACGUAAUCCCCACAGUUUUAUCCGUUACAAACUUACAGUCAGAGAGAGAGAGAGAGAGAGAGAGAGAGAGAGAAGAUGAACCUCUUCUCUUCUUCUUCUACGUCCUCAGCUUCCAAUUUCUCAGUCUUCUCUCACUCCUCUCAAAACCCUAACCCUUCAAAAUUCCACCACUUCAAAUCCACCAUUAAAAUCCCCCACUUGCCCCCUCCCUUGUCCUCUCACCAAUCCUCCCCACCACCAAUUCCCCAGCAAAAGCCCCAAUCUUUGAAUUGCACCGACAAAAAUGGAAGCAAUGAACAGAUCGAAACUACCACAAUGUCAUCGGACGAGUUACUCGUGGUUCGACGGCCGGUUAUGGAGAUUAUUUCGGUGGAGGAUGAAGUCGGUGACGUUACCGAGAAUGAUGAGAGAGCAAGUGAAGAAGAAGAAGAUGAUGAUGAUGAGUUGCCUUCUUCGACAUCGCCUAUAGAUGAGCGGCUUUCGAAGUUUGCGAAAAAGAUGCCGAUUUUCGAGCCGGAGAUGAGGGUUGAGUUGAGCCCAGGGGAAGUGAAGCCUCUUUUGGUGAAUUUGGACUUGGCUCUGUAUCGAGUUAAGAUUCUGACAAGGAAGUUUCAGUACGAUGAAGCACAGAACAUUCUUCAGAAGUGUAUUCUUUAUUGGCCAGAAGAUGGUAGGCCGUAUGUGGCCUUGGGGAAGAUAUUAAGUAGGCAAUCAAAGCCAACUGAAGCCAGAGCUGUAUAUGAGAAAGGUUGCCAAGCUACGCAAGGCGAAAACCCCUAUAUAUGGCAGUGCUGGGCUGUUCUUGAAAAUAACGUUGGAAAUAUAAGGAGAGCUAGAGAAUUGUUUGAUGCUGCCACAGUUGCUGAUAAGAAACAUAUCGCAGCUUGGCAUGGAUGGGCAGUCUUGGAGCUAAAAGAGGGAAAUAUAAAGAAGGCAAGAAAUCUCCUCGGUAAAGGCAUCAAAUACUGUGGUGGAAACGAGUAUGUAUAUCAAACACUUGCAUUGCUUGAGGUAAGAGCAAGUCGUUAUGAGCAGGCAAGGUAUUUAUUCAGGCAGGCCACUAAAUGUAACCCAAACAGCUGCGCCAGCUGGCUUGCAUGGGCACAACUAGAAAUGCAGCAGGAAAACAACCGUGCUGCUCGACAACUUUUUGAGAAAGCAGUCCAGGCCAGCCCAAAGAAUAGGUUUGCGUGGCAUGUAUGGGGAGCUUUUGAAGCUAAUCGGGGGAAUAUUGAGUUCGGAAGGAAACUUCUGAAGAUAGGUCAUGCAGUGAAUCCAAGGGAUCCAGUUCUUCUCCAGUCUCUUGCAUUACUGGAAUACAAAUACUCAACGACAAAUCUUGCACGAGCUUUGUUCAGGAAAGCAUCACAAGUGGACCCAAGGCACCAACCAGUGUGGAUUGCUUGGGGGUGGAUGGAGUGGAAAGAAGGGAAUAUAGAGACGGCAAGGGAACUAUACGAAAGGGCAUUGACAAUUAAUUCAAGCACUGAAAGCGCUGCUCGUUGUCUUCAGGCUUGGGGAGUUUUAGAGCAGAGAGCUGGCAACUUAUCAGCUGCUCGGAGACUAUUUAGGGCUUCUCUAAACAUAAAUUCCCAAAGCUAUGUUACGUGGAUGACAUGGGCGUCUUUGGAGGAGGAUCAAGGAAAUUCUAUCCGUGCUGAGGAGAUUCGUAAUCUCUAUUUCCAGCAGCGUACAGAAGUCGCAGAUGAUGCUUCAUGGGUUACAGGGUUCCUAGACAUCAUUGACCCAGCAAUUGGUAGCAUAAAGCGACUCUUAAACUUGGAUGAGAACUCGUUUUACCUAUCAGGUACUAAUGAGAAGAGAGACGAACAAAGUAGCCCGUCCGAUGAUGUUGAAAAUGAAACCGGAUUUGAUUUAGAUGGUUUCAUUAGUGUGAAGCUAUUGUUGGACCCGUCGAAACUGGAUGUUCAGUUGGAAACAUCUACAGAGCAAGUUGAACUGAAAACUAAAUCUUGGAGAAGGGCAUGGAGAUCAGAAGACAAAACUGCCAAAACAUUGCCAAAGUUGGGAAUUUGAGCAGUGUAAAUUGAGGUAAUUAGUCCAGAACAGUAUAUUUUGGUUCUGUUUGUCAACUUUAUUUACCUGAUCUAAAGAUAAGUGGUCGACAACAAGGUAUGUUUUGUACUGAGGAUAUGGCAUACAAGAAGAAACGUUAGUAUAAACUCAAAACAGUAUGACAGCUAUGACGCCAAAUCAUAAAUGACUUCAAAUUCCAAAAAUGUGUAUUGUAGUUCUAUAAAAUGUGAAUAAUAGGUGUCUGUCGUCUUUCGAUUUGAA